UGACGAAUUAUUUGGACAGCAAAUAUUAGUCGUGACGUGUGGCACUUUAUUAUUUUUGUUAUUUCACAAAUAUUGAGUUCAAGUAGUGCCUAAAUUGAAGUGCAAUGUCUCAGUUUGGUGGACCAAAUGACUUCUAUGGCGCUCCAGAUGCCAGCUACAACUUUGAUAUGCCGGAAUUCGGACAGGAGCUCGAUUUCCAAACAUUCGACAACACACAGGCCCCUGUGCCGCCCAAUUACGAUGCCGCCUAUGCAAAUCCCCCUGCCCAGGGUCUGGGAGGCUUCUACGAUCCCACAGCAUACACGGAAAACAGCUAUGGACAGGAUCAGUCUAUCAAAGCAGCCGGCGGUGCUGGCACCGGCAACGAAUUUGACGAUGAACCACCAUUACUCGAGGAAUUGGGCAUUAAUCCGAAUCACAUAUUCCAAAAGACCCUGGCCGUGCUUAAUCCAUUGCGGGGCACCGAACAGCAAAUACUCCAGGACACGGACAUGGCCGGUCCACUGGUCUUCUGCCUCACACUUGGCGGCUUCCUGCUACUGAGCGGCAAGGUAACCUUCUCGUACAUCUAUGGAAUCGGCGUGAUGGGCUGCAUCUUCUUCUAUUGUCUGCUUUCGCUGAUGGUCACCCGGUCGCAGGUGACCUUUGGGGCGGUGGCCUCCGUGCUCGGCUAUUGUCUGCUGCCCAUGGUCGUGCUCUCGGGAAUCAACAUUUUAAUCACCAUUCAGGGCACACUCGGCCUAAUUGUGAGCGGCAUCUCCAUAUUCUGGUGCGCCAUAUCGGCCUCGAAACUGUUCGCCACAGCGUUCUCCAUGGACCAUCAACAGAUGCUGAUUGCCUAUCCGUGUGCCGUGCUCUAUGGAGGAUUUGCCUUGAUUACCAUUUACUAGGGCCAGGCUGGCCUCCAGGCUAUACCACCUUCCGUCAUAUGCUCUCACACUCACACUCACACUCACACUCCCACUCUCUUUCUCCCUCCUCCCAUCCCCGUGUAGAAGUAGCCUUGUGUUUGCCUCGUUUUAAUUGUCCUGCAAACAUAUACUUCAUAUACAUAUGAUGAAAUAGAGAGAGAGAAAGAGAGAGAGAGAGCCAGUGGAGGAGUCCCCACACACACACACACACACACAUGGAUGGAUGGAUAUACAUAUAUUUUGUAAGAAAAUAAGAGCCGAUUGCGAAUUUGUUUUCCAUCUCCUCCGUACGCAACCAUCUCCCUUUUUUCUUUUAUUGUUUGUGUUAUGCCGUGUAAUAAAUUUGAUUGGGAAUAAAAAAAUGGUUAACAAAUUGAAA